ACAACUUUGUCCAAACAUCAAAACUUAGUCUAACUUGAAUUACAAGACAAUCUACCAAUUAAUGUCCCUCUCACACAUGCAAGAAUAUUCUUCAAUCUUUACAUUCUUUUUCUUCCCCUUCCCAUGCAUUCUUCUUUCAUACAUAUAUAUAUAUAACAAAGAAACCAUCAUUUAAUUUCCAUCACUUCAUCAAACAACAAGCUAUCGUACAACUUGAAUAUCAAAAAAACAAUGGCAAUUCCUACCAUUUCAAGCAACAAAAGGGCACCAGAGAUUGUGUUUUUCGACUUGGAAACGAACGUUCCAUCAAAAGCAGGACAGAAAUUCUGGGUGUUAGAGUUUGGUGCAAUGGUAAUAUGUUCGCAAAAGCUUGUGGAGAUUGAGAGCUACUGCACCCUUAUUAGGCCAGGGGACUUGUCUGUUGUGGCAUUAAAGCCAGGGAGAAGCGAUGGAAUUUCGCGAAAAGCGGUUGCUAAUGCACCUUCAUUUGAAGAAGUUGCAGAAAAGAUAUUCAGCAUAUUGGAUGGUAGGAUUUGGGCAGGUCAUAACAUACAGAGAUUUGAUUGUGUUCGUAUUAAGGCAGCUUUCGCUGAAGUUGGUCGUCCUGCACCUGUUCCUGCUGGAAUUAUCGAUUCUUUAGGUGUAUUGUCUGAGAAAUUUGGCAAAAGAGCUGGAAAUAUGAAGAUGGCAUCAUUGGCAACUUACUUUGGUCUUGGGGAGCAAAAGCACAGGAGCUUAGACGAUGUUCGGAUGAAUUUGGAAGUCCUAAAACAUUGUGCAACAGUUCUAUUUCUUGAAUCAAGUCUACCAGAUUUGUCCAAUAAGAAUUGGCAAGGCACAUCCAACAUUACUACGAGAAGUAGAAGCCAAGUGCAAAAUCUCCCGAGUUGUUCGAUUGAUAGGUGGCAAAAUACUUCCUCAAUUACAACUAGGAGCGGUAGCAGAGGGAAAUUCCCGUGCAGAGAAGAAACAAGCCGGAAAUCUCCUCCAUCGACAACUUUUGGAUACCAAAGAGCUGUUCCUUAUGCAAGGCAAAGCUUGGGAAAGGUGUGAGGAAUUUCUUAUGUAAAGCUCAAAACAAGCCUCUAAACAAUUUAUUAAAGCAUUCACAGACUCUUUUCCGAUGAACAAGCUGAAGAACAGAUCCUGCUCAUCAAAUGUUUUGGAUAAGUUUGAAAAUAUUCAAGUCACAAAAUGGACUGUGAUUGAUUCUGUGAAAUUGAUUUAAAGUUUGGAAGCUAAGAAGAUUACAUCAAAUUGUCUAGUUGCUUAUUUCCAGUUUCUAAGUUGCAAGGCUGUGGACCUUGUCAUCUAACCAAUUUCUAUUCUUUAGUUACUGAUUCUUUCAUUCUUUCAGUUGUGGACUUAUGUUAAUAUUUAAUUUGUACGUCCCAAUAAAUAAAUUCCAACUGAUAUUCUUUGAUUCUAUAUACUUGUGUUUUA